AUGCUCACGUCAAACUCUGGGCCGCUUUUGGUUAAUACUUUAGUUUCACUUCUUAAUGAGCCCUACAAUUUCAAUGAGAAGGCUUUUCGAUUCAACCUGACAACAUUUGGUGGAGAUCGGUAUAUUUGUUUGAAGGCUCCUCCUACCGCUCAAGAUGCUGAGCCUCAAGUUGGAAUUGUGGACAUGUAUGAUGACUAUAGUGUGGAGCGGCGAUCUACGAGGAAAGCGGAUGGCGCUAUGAAGCAUCCAACUGAAGAUGUUCUUGCCUUGAGGGGAUACAAUGAAAAUGCGUCUGGCCAGUUUAUCCAAGUUUUUGAUUUAACAUCUAAGGCUCGGUUGGGUGAGCAUGCAUUCAAAGACGACAUUUGCUACUGGCGCUGGCUGCACGACAGAUCUCUGGUCCUAAUUAGCGGCGAAGAAAUAUACCACUGGGAUAUAAGGCCAUCGGUGGACAUACCGGAGUCUUCUCCUCGCUUAGUAAUGAGACGGGAAGGAAGGCUUCAGUCCAGCGACAUUCAAGUGAUCAACUACUCAGUGGACGACCCUGUAAAUCCGCUAUGGGCGCUGGUAGCUGGUAUAUACCUGGACGAGAGUCGAGUUGUUAGGGGUAGCUUACAGCUGUACUCGUUUGAAAAGAACCAGUCACAGUUCCUGGAAGGUUACGCUGGAUGCUUCGGUCAACUGUGGGCGGACCCGACUUUGGCGGCGUUGGAAGAAGACAAGAAAACCCCAUUCCUCUCCUUUAUCGAAAAGAAGAACGAUGGCCCCAUGAAGCUGUACGUCAUGGAUAUAUACGCCGCCAGAGGCGAAGGUCACCCCUUCCCCUUCAAGGUAGACCAAGAGUUCACCUAUCCGCCGGAAUUCGCUAAUGAUUUUCCCUUGGCAGCACAUUUCUCGAAGCGCCAUGGCGUGAUUUAUACCGCGUCAAAGAACGGUCAUGUGAUGGUGUUUGAUGCAUUGAGUGGCACCAGGCUGAUUACCGAACGUGUGUCCACCGAAGGGUUGUUUUUGGCUCAGCCUGACGGCUUGACUGGUGGCAUUAAGGUGGUGAACAGAAAGGGAGUGGUCAUUGGCGUGUCUGUAAACGAGUUCGGUUUGAUCCAGUAUAUCAUUAAGUGCGUCCCGAAUGGUGUAAGUAUUGGUGGUUCCUUAGCGAAGCGGUACGGUUACCCGGAAGCGGAUGAAUUCGUUAUUGGCACCUUUAAGUCGUUGUUCCAGUCGCAACGUUACAAGGCGGCUGCGACAUUGUGUGCUUUGAGUAAGUCGAAGAACCUGCGAAGUCCGACCACCAUGAGCACCUUCCGGGCGGCUAAGACAGUUCCAGGAAUGCCGAGCGCAGCACUGCAGUAUUUCACCGCCCUGUUAGCUAUCCCUGGGCGCCUGACAGCUGCGGAGUCAAUGGAGUUGUGCAGGCCUGCCGUGAACCAGCAGAAAAAAGGUCUUAUUGACGACUGGGUAAAUACGGAUCGGUUGGAGUGUAACGAGGCGUUGGGCGACCUGAUUGGGACGGUGGAUAUAGACCUUGCCCUUGUGGUGUACCAGCGGGCGAAUUGUCACGACAAGGUGCUCAAAAUAUACGGAGAGCGUGGGGCAUUUAACAAGCUGAUGGGAUAUAUUCGGAGAAAGAAGUGCCAGGCGGACUUUAUUGGCAUGCUCCGAUCCAGCUUGCUUACUAGUCCUGAGUCGGCUCUCGAGUUUGCACGAGGUCUGUUGGAGAACCACGCGACAUCCCGGAUAGAUCCCAUGUCUGUCUUUGAGUUAUUUGCACAGCACAAUCGAGUGCGCGAUAUCACCGGUGUUUUCAGCGGGCUUAUCGGCAAGGUAGAAUUCCCCAAACAGUCAGCAUUGGAGACACGUAUUCUGGAGUCCAGCAUUGCCGCAGACCCGUCUACAGCGGAGUUGUUGUUCCAGCAGAACAUCUUUAAGCACUACGAUAGGACACGAAUCGGGCAAUUGGCGGAGAAAGCUGGACUAUACAAACGUGCGUUGGAAUGUUAUACGGAUAUGGCGGACGUGAAGCGAGUUCUGAGCAAGUCUGGUAGUCAGCUGAACAUUGACUGGCUGUCGCAGUACUGUGCUAACCUCCCGGGUGAAACAAGUUUAGAGAUUUUGGCCGACACACUCCGCUCCAGCCGGGGCAGUUUGAAUGCGAUUGUUCAGAUCGCCGUGACUUAUUGGCAGAAGCUGGGCAUCAAGAAUGUGUUCAACAUGUUUGAACAGACCAACUGCAUCGAGGCCGUGUAUCUCUUUGCCGGUGCCAUGGUUCCUCAAAGCGACGAUCCGGAAGUCCACUUCAAAUACAUUCAAGCAGCCGCCAAGCUCAACCACUGGUCGGAAUGCGAGCGCAUGGUUAAGGAGUCCAUGGUCUACGACCCGGUCCGGGUUAAAGAUUUGCUCAAGGCGGCGGAUUUGACAGAACCUCGUGCCUUCAUAUUUGUAUGUGAUCGCCAUGAGUUCAUUGAAGAACUGACUGAAAGUCUAUACCGAAACGACAAGAUGGACUAUCUGGAGGUGUAUGUCAGUCGGGUGGGUGUGCAGAACACACCGAAGGUCAUUGAGACCCUGUUAGAUCUCGGUUGUCCGGAGGAACGGAUUGUAAGUAUUUUGCAGAGUGUGCGGGCGGCCUGUCCGAUCGAGCCGUUAGUGUCGGCGAUGGAGAAGCGAGGCCGGCUGCUCCUAAUUCUACCGUGGAUGGAAGAACGCAUUAAUGAGGGCCGGGUGGAUGAGUGCUUAAACAACGCCGUGGCUAAGGUGUAUAUCGACACGAACAGAGAUGCGGCCAAAUUCCUGGAUAAUAACGCCAACUACAAUGCACGAGAGAUUGGUAAGUACUGCGAAAACAAAGAUCCGCAUAUGGCAGUGGCGGCCUACAUCAAGGGACGGUGUGAUGAUGAGUUGAUCGAAUUGACUAACAAAAACGGUUUGUACCGCAUUGAGGCAAAAUAUGUGUUGAAUCGCGCAGAUCGCGGACUGUGGCAUAAAGUUUUGUCGGCCCCGGAAGACCACCGACGCGGAGUUCUGGACCAAUUGAUGGCUACGGCGCUAAUGGACGCAAAUUCGCCGUCGGAAGUGUGGUGUGCGAUCGAGGCAAUUAAUGAAGCGGCUGCUCAACGAGACUUGUUGGAGAUCCUAGAGAGGAUUGUAGUCCACAAGUCUAUCCCCGCGGACAUGGUUGACGAGUUUGCUAAUCUUACUAGUCUUCAGGACAAGCUUAUUUUCACUGCCAUGGAUGUGGACCAAGAAAAAGCACGUUACUUGAUAACCAAAUUAGAUAACAUAACUCCAGACCACGUAGCUGAGGCCGCUUUGAACAAAGGCAUGGAGAAGGACGCACUGGCCAUUUAUCAGAAACACGGUAUGAGUUUGAAGGCUCUGAAUGUCAUGCUGCUGAACCUGAAGGAGGUUGACACCGCCGAGGCGUUUGCCGAGUCGGUCCAAAGCAAUGAGGUGUGGAACCGGCUGGGAGAGUUCUGUUUGAAUGCCGCGGAAAUGGACUUGGACACGGACUUGGCAACGGACACGCACUUGGGGACGGGAGCGGUUGCUAGAGCGGAGCAAGCUGGUGACAUGGUGGUGAAGUGCAUGAACAUAUACAAGAGGGUAGACAGAUGUCCGUGUACCUCGAGAAUUAUUGAGGCGGCGAAGAAGAACCACCGUCUUACCGAACUGGUGGACUUUUUACAAAGCUUACGGACUAAUGCCAGUUCUGACCAUAGUGUGGAUACGGAGCUUGCGUACGCCAUGGCCAAAACGGGUAAAAAGGCGGAGUUGGAGAAGUUACUAAUUGGUGUGCACACGGUCAACUGCCAAAAGCUGGGCGACAUGCUCUUCGACGAGGCGCAGACGCAGCAGAAUGCCGACCAGGCUGCGGGUGCUACUAGUCUGACAGCGGAGGCCGCAGAGUUGUAUCAACUGGCUAAGUUGUUUUAUGCCAAGGUGCCGAACCAUGCCAAGUUGACUGCUUGUAACGUGCGUCUUGGCGAUCAUGUGGCUGCAGUGGAGACGGCGAAGAGAGCAGGCAGUGCCAAGUCAUGGGUGGAUGUGGCAUUGGCUUCGAUUGAAUCUGGCGAUUGGAAGGUAGCGCAUUCAUCUUCAUUGCACGUGAUUGAAUAUGUGGACCAUCUUGAGAAGGUGGUGCAGGCUUAUGAGUCUCACGGUCGCUACGGUGAGCUGAUUAACUUGUUAGAGACCGGUGUAAAUAUGGGCAAGCAGAAUAUUCAGUUGUUAACGGAAAUGGGCAUUUGCUAUGCCAAAUAUCGUCCUGACAAAUUGCAGGAGUUUAUUGCAUCAACUACCAGCACCAUGGGCUCCGGAACACUUACGAGCAACGUGCCCUCCGGCUUGGCCUCUGUCUCCUGCACCACCUCCACGCGUCUCAAUAUCCCAAGACUCAUCAAAGUGUGCGACCAGGAACGUCAGUGGACGUGUGUAGUGUUACUGUACCUUUCCUAUAGCGAGUAUGAUCAGGCGAUGAACACUAUCUUGACACACCCGGAAUCUUGUUGGGAGCCGCAACAGACCGUCCAAGUGUUGCUGAACGUCACCAACAAAGACUUGGUCUACAAAACGGUGACCUUUUACAUAGAAGAGCACCCUGAGAUGCUUAACCAGCUUCUUAACCAAAUAGCAAGCAAUCCGGUCAGUAGCAAGAUCGACUACCAGAGGCUCAUCCAAUGCCUACGGAGCCACAAGAGGCACCUGGAGGCGGGCAACCUUGCCGAGAGUCCUAUCGGCCUUCUGCAACCAUUCUUCGAGUCAGAACAACGUAAGGCAAAUGAGACCACCUCCAUAAUAAAUGAUACCUUGAACGAACUCUACAUCGAUUACCAUGACGCCGAAGCGCUCAAAAAGAGCAUCAUGACCUAUAGAAACUUUGACCAAGGAGCUCUCGCGCGAAAACUCGAAUCUCACGAACUCUUGGCCAUGAAACAACUCGCUCUCAUGCUGUAUAAGGAAGAUAAAAAGUACGGACACGCCAUCUCCCUCGCUAAGAAGUUCAAGCAAUAUGCCGAAGCCAUUGGCAUUGCGGUCCAAAGUCAGGACACCGCCGUGUCGGAAAAUCUGGUAAGGUAUUUCGUCGAAGACCUACACAAUGCCAACUACUUCUCGGCCUCUCUACAGCUUUGCAGCAAAACCAUACGGCCACAAGUCGCACUGGAACUCGCUUGGGUGCAUGGCAUGACGCAAGAAGUGAUGCCUUAUCUCAUUCAAACUGUCAAGUCCAUGUCGAAUAAAAUUGAAGUCUUGGAGAAAAAGAUCAACGAGAAAAAAGAUAAUCCCAAACUUGUUCCUUCCCCAUCUCUUGGUAAUCAACCCACACACGUAGUUGCACAACAAGUAUGCACACACAUAGUGCAAGUCCUCGACCCUAUGAGCACUACUGUUAUCAUUUAG